UUAAGUGUGAUUGAAUAUUUUAUAUAUGCCAGCAGCUUGUCGGUGAAACAUUUGCAUGUAGCGAGGGCAACGCGAGCUCUUUUGCUUCAAUUCACCCUCGAAAGGCGUUCACCGUUUUGAAUUGUGUCCUCCGUGCGUGCAUCCUCGCGUCAGCGUGCGUGCGCUAACAGAGGAGGCUGCGAUUCAGAACAGACAAAUCUUGACAGAUAAGACCGCUUAACAAAACGCGCAGUCGAAACACAUAAAGCAGCAAAAGCACAGACUGCAUGCGCGCGGUGAACAAACGCAUAUGGGCAAACACAGUGCGCACACACACACACACACACACACAGUUUUACCCCACACACACACACUUGAGUAGGACACCGGGUAGAGUGCGUUCCGCCGAUCAUCUCCGUCCCUCCCCUCAGCAAGCAGAUUGCCUGCGCCGCUGACGACAGCCAGUCGCACAGUGUUGUGAGCGCGAGGCUGUGGAGAGACUGCAUCAAGGAGCGAGAACUGCGCGCUUUGCAUCGGGAACUGUGUGGGAGUUGUUCUCUCUCUACCUGCCUUUUGCGUCGCUUCUUUAUUCUCCACACUCGCCAUCGGACGCCAGUUCAGGGAGCACCGGGAGUCCCAUUACCGAGGGAGGAUCGCACCGUGUAUGCGUCCGUCGGCUGCGUGUUUUAACUACAGCUGUCAUCUGAGAACUGCGGCGCUGCCGUUGUGAAGGAACUCAUUGGAAAUCCGCGUGAAACGACUGUCUGUUCUCUAGCCUUUUUUUUUUUUUUCUUCUAAAGCUGUCUUUCAAGGUGAUGGACUUGAGAUAGUGCGUCUUAAUUUGAGUGUUGGUGACUGGGAGUUGCCUUCGGGGAGAAAUGCGAAAGGAUGCUUGGAAGCAGUGAAGGAUACAGCAGGUAACCGAUAAGAUGGCGGCCGGGGAAGCGACUGGGCACAGCUACCUGGUGACUUGCUGGCAGCCCAUUCUGAUCCUGAUGCUUGGCACUGUGCUGUCUGGCUCUACUACAGGCUGUCCAUCCCGCUGCGAGUGUAAUGUUCAAGAGCGCUCUGUGAUGUGCUACCGCAAGAAGCUCAUGACAGUUCCCGAGGGCAUUCCUGCAGAAACAAAACUGCUGGACCUCAGCAAGAACCGCAUCAGAACCAUCAACCCAGACGAGUUUGCCAACUUUCCCAACCUAGAGCACCUGGAGCUCAGUGAAAACACGAUCUCCACUAUUGAACCUGGAGCGUUCAACAACCUUUACGGCUUGCGGACAUUGGGUCUGCGGAGCAACAAGCUUAAGCUGAUCCAGCUCGGUGUCUUUACUGGCCUGAGCAAUCUCACACAGCUGGACAUUAGUGAGAACAAGAUUGUCAUCCUGUUGGACUACAUGUUCCAGGAUUUGUACAACCUGCAAUCUUUAGAGGUGGGUGAUAACGAUCUGGUUUUCAUCUCUCACCGGGCUUUUCAUGGCCUAAGUAGCCUUGAGCACCUGAGUCUUGAGAAGUGCAACCUGUCCUCUGUUCCAACAGAGGCUUUUACCCACCUCCACAGUUUGAUCACGCUCAGGCUGCGCCUCCUCAAUAUAAAUGUCAUACGGGAUUAUUCCUUCAAAAGGCUCUAUCGGCUGAAAGUGUUGGAAAUAGCCAAUUGGCCGUAUCUGGAUACGAUGACCCCAAAUUGCUUGUAUGGAUUAAAUCUCACCUCCCUGACCAUUGCAAAUGCCAACCUGACCACAAUUCCUUAUGUAGCCUUGCGGCACUUGGUUUACUUGCGCUUUCUCAAUCUUUCAUAUAACCCUAUCCAUACCAUUGAGGGGAAUAAGCUCCAUGAUCUUUUGCGUCUGCAGGAAUUUCACCUGGUAGGAGGCAGACUGGCAAUGAUUGAGCCCUACUCUUUCCGUGGUCUAAACUACCUGAAGAUUCUUAAUGUCUCUGGAAACUCUCUUGGCACUUUAGAGGAGUCUGCUUUCCAUUCAGUUGGCAACCUUGAAACCCUUGCCUUGUAUGAUAAUCCCCUGGCCUGUGACUGCCGACUGUUAUGGGUUUUCCGGCGACGCUGGAGACUGAACUUCAACAGGCAGCAGCCUACCUGUGUCUCCCCUGAGUUUGUCCAAGGCAAAGAAUUCAAAGACUUCCCGGAUGUCCUGCAGCCAAACUACUUCACUUGUCGCAAGUCUAGGAUUAGAGAUCGCAAACCCCAGCAGAAAUUUGUUGACGAGGGAGCCAUUGUUCAUUUUGCUUGCCAAGCAGAUGGAGAUCCUGCCCCAGUGAUAAUGUGGUUGUCCCCGCAGAAAAAGUUUAUCACCACCAAGACAAUUGGAAGGCUCUCUGUCUUGCCAGACGGCACCCUUGAGGUUCGCUAUGCCCAAAUUCAAGACAAUGGUACAUAUGUGUGUAUAGCUAGCAACGCAGGAGGAAAUGACACCUCCCUUGCUCACCUGCACAUUCAUAGCUACUCGCCUGACUGGCCACACCAGCCCAACAAGACCUUUGCCUUCAUCUCCAACCAGCCCUCAGAAACUGGUGCUAACGGUACAAGAGCCAAUGCCCCUUUCCCCUUUGAUAUAAAGACGUUGAUCAUUGCGACCACAAUGGGCUUCAUCUCUUUUCUUGGUGUCGUCUUGUUUUGCCUGGUACUGCUCUUCCUUUGGAGCAGAGGUAAAGGCAACACCAAGCACAACAUUGAGAUUGAGUAUGUGCCACGGAAAUCAGACGCUGGCAUGAGCAGCAGCACAGUGGAUGCUCCUCGCAAGUUUAACAUGAAAAUGAUUUAACAGAGCUGUGGAAUUAACACAUU